CACUCUCUCACUCACUCUCUCUCAUACAAAUCUUAUCUCUCUCUGUUUUCUACGCCACUACAGAUUAUCAAUGGCAUCAUGCAAGAAGAUCAAGAUCGGAAUCAACGGUUUCGGAAGGAUUGGUCGUUUAGUUGCGAGAGUUGCUCUUCAGAGAGACGAUGUUGAACUCGUUGCUGUUAACGAUCCAUUCAUCAACGUUGACUACAUGACAUAUAUGUUCAAGUACGACACCGUUCACGGUCAAUGGAAGCACCACGAGUUGAAGGUGAAGGACGAGAAGACCCUUCUCUUCGGCGAGAAACCCGUCACUGUUUUUGGAGUCAGGAACCCAGAAGAGAUCCCAUGGGGUCAGGUUGGAGCCGACUUUGUGGUUGAAUCUACCGGUGUUUUUACCGACAAGGAAAAGGCUGCUGCCCAUUUGAAGGGUGGUGCUAAGAAGGUUGUGAUCUCUGCUCCCAGCAAAGAUGCACCCAUGUUUGUUGUUGGUGUGAACGAGAAGGAGUAUAAGCCACAUCUUGAUAUUGUUUCCAAUGCUAGUUGCACUACCAACUGCCUUGCUCCCCUUGCCAAGGUUAUCAAUGACAGGUUUGGAAUUGUUGAGGCUCUCAUGACCACUGUCCACUCUAUCACCGCCACACAGAAGACUGUUGAUGGCCCAUCAAGCAAGGACUGGAGGGGUGGAAGAGCUGCUUCCUUUAACAUUAUUCCCAGCAGCACUGGGGCUGCUAAGGCUGUUGGAAAGGUUCUUCCACAACUUAAUGGCAAAUUGACUGGAAUGGCUUUCCGUGUUCCAACUGUUGAUGUUUCAGUCGUUGACCUCACUGUCAGGCUUGAGAAGAAGGCCUCCUAUGAGGAGAUCAAAAAAGCUAUCAAGGAGGAGUCCGAGGGCAAGCUUAAGGGUAUCUUGGGAUACACUGAAGAUGAUGUGGUGUCUACCGACUUCAUUGGUGACAGCAGGUCUAGCAUAUUCGACGCCAAGGCUGGAAUUGCAUUGAAUGACAAUUUUGUGAAACUUGUCUCUUGGUAUGACAACGAAUGGGGCUACAGUUCCCGUGUGGUUGACCUGAUUGUCCACAUCGCAUCUGUAAAAGCUUGAAACAACUGACUAUUCAAGGCUAUCUUUUUUAUGUUUUUGUUGAUUCUAGAGUUUAGCUAUGCGUGGCACUCCAUUUGGAGUUUGGAAUAAACCCGAGUCUUUUGGAAUUCUGUUAAACCUGUGGUACAUUGCUGAUGGUCUCAGCUGGUUGUUUUGUUUUGUUUUGUUCAUGAGGUUUUCUUGUGUCAAUUAAAAGAGAAUUCGUAGCGGAACAAUAUAAGCUAAAUAUAAGCAUUAGAUGGUUUUAAUAUAACCGAGUUCAUGCUGUUCCGAUUUA